AACAACAAAUUUUUGUUCUUCACUUUUGUUACAUUCGAUUCUCAAUUUUUCUUCCGUGUCACUAAGUCUACAUAGACUUUAAUUUUCUGUUAAUUUAAUUUUUCAACAUAAGUUACACAAUUAUUGUUGAAUUUAAAAGUUUUUAACUUAAGUAUACAUGUUUAUUGUGCCUUUUACAUUGUGAUGAGAAGUCAAAAAAAGAAGAAAAGAAAGAAAGCAAAGGGGUAAAAAUAGAAAUUCUUAUCAUUUAGCAAAACAUAAGACAUAUAUUGCUAAUCAUCAGAGGAAAAGAUAAAAAAAAUUUAAGAACUGUGUUGGCUUUGCAAUUCAAAAAUUAUUUUUAAUCAGGUAAUAAGUAUUGCUGAUAGUGAAAGUGCUAUGUUAUUUUAUGAAAGUAGCACUCAUUUUUCUGUUGCUUAAUUAAAGAGUUAGAUAAUUUUUGCAAAAAUUGAGUGAGAAUCAAUAUAGAAAAAAGUAAAAAAGCUUAAAGAGCAAAUUCAAUUGGUUACUUCAAUUCAAGUUGAUGAACGAAAGAUCGAAAAGUGCUGGCUAAUUGAGAUAAAUCAUCGUUCAUAAUUACUGUGCGUUAUGUGUGAGGAAAUGUUAUAAAAACAAUCAAAAAGCAAAUCAAUUGAAAAAAAUCUCAUUGAGGAGUAAAAAAUAAUAAAAAAAACUAAACAAAAACGAGUUUAAAUCACCACAUGAGCGUGAAUAUAAUCAAAAAAGUGUUUUGUUUCUGCUUGGUUUGAAAGACAAAUAGCAGAAAUGAAGUUUUCCGAUCAUCUUGCAACACAUAUUACUCCAGAAUGGAGAAAACAGUACAUCAAUUAUGAGGAAAUGAAAUCAAUGCUAUAUCAAGCCGUUGAAGAAGCCCCAGCUGUUGAAAGCGUUGAAGAAGACAUUCUUAAGCGACAUUUUGCGAAUUUCGAUGAAAAUUUCUUCAACUAUUGUGAUAAAGAACUUAAAAAAAUUAACACAUUCUAUAGUGAAAAGCUUGCUGAAGCAACAAGAAAAUUUGCGACACUUAACAGUGAACUAAAAAUCUCAUUAGAAGCGACACAAAAAGUCAAAGGAAAACCUCAUCAUUCGUUUAAGAAGAAACCAUUGCCAUAUCGUAAAAUUCAGGAAUUCAAAUUGGCAUUCUCAGAAUUUUAUCUUUCACUUAUUCUCCUUCAAAACUAUCAAAAUCUUAAUCACACUGGCUUCCGUAAGAUUCUCAAAAAGCACGACAAACUUUUGCGUGUUGACAUCGGCGGAAAAUGGCAGAAGGAAAAGGUUGAAACAUCGCAUUUCUUUGUCAAUCGUGACAUUGAUAAAAUCAUUAAUGAAACAGAAACAACAGUGACGAGUGAGUUGGAAGGUGGUGAUCGUCAAAAGGCUAUGAAGAGACUGCGAGUUCCACCUUUAGGGGAUCAACAAAGUCCUUGGACUACUUUCAAAGUUGGGUUGUUUUCGGGAAGUUUUCUCGUUCUUUUUGUGACUGUGAUAUUGUCGGCAAUAUUUUAUCAUGAAGUACCCGGUGACGUUGGUGAAUCACGUUGGGAGAUCCUUAAGAUUGCCUUUCGUCUUUAUCGUGCACCGCUCCUUAUAAUUAUGUUCGUAUUUCUCAUUGGCAUUAAUAUUUACGGAUGGCGAUCGUCUGGCUGUAAUCAUGUGCUGAUAUUUGAAUUGGAUCCAAGAAAUCAUUUGAGCGAACAACAUUUGAUGGAGAUGGCGAUGAUUUUUGGCGUUAUUUGGUCAGUUAGCAUUUUAAGCUUCCUCUACGCUAACAGCCUUUCAAUACCACCAUUUGUGAAUCCUUUGGCAUUGACCAUCGUCAUGAUUCUCUUCUUAUGCAAUCCAGUGAAAGUAUUUCGAUGGGAAGCACGAUUCUGGCUGCUGAGAACAAUAGGUCGCAUGAUCUCAGCGCCAUUUUUUCCCGUUCUCUUCGCUGAUUUCUGGCUUGCUGAUCAACUGAAUUCACUUGUAACUGCAUUAAUGGAUUUCCAAUUCCUUACAUGCUUUUAUUUCUCUAGCAGCAGCGAAUGGACAAACAUGACCAGCAUAUCGCAUUGUAUGGAGAAAGAUUUUAUCAUUCGUCCACUUGUUAAUUGUCUUCCAGCAUGGUUUCGUUUUGCACAAUGUUUAAGACGUUAUCGUGAUUCACGUGAAGCUUUUCCUCAUCUCGCAAAUGCUGGAAAAUAUUCGACAACGUUCUUUGUUGUGCUUUUUGCUACUUUGAGAAGUUUCUUCGAGCCUCGUUUUGAAAAUACGUUUGACAAUCCAUUCACUUAUGCUUGGAUUGUGAGUCAAGUUAUAAGCUCAUGUUAUGCAUUGACAUGGGAUCUGAAGAUGGAUUGGGGAUUGUUUGAUAGGAAUGCUGGCGAGAAUACAUUGUUGAGAGAGGAAAUUGUUUAUUCGUCGUCAUCAUUCUAUUACUUUGCAAUUAUUGAAGACACCUUGCUACGUUUCGUUUGGGUGGGAUCAUUCAUUCUCACAGAAAAUAAUUAUAUAAGUCCGGAUUUGAUGACAUCAAUAACAGCGCCACUUGAAGUCUUUCGACGAUUCGUGUGGAAUUUCUUUCGUCUUGAGAAUGAGCAUUUAAAUAAUUGCGGUAAAUUCAGAGCUGUGAGGGAUAUUUCUAUAGCGCCAAUAGAUUCGUCAGAUCAAACGACGAUUUUAAGGAUGAUGGAUGAGUAUGACGGGGUUGUCAACAGAUACACGAAACAAAACCGACCGAAACCAAAGAAAGCAAAAGAUCUUGACAAGCGACCGUUGAUUUCAUCAUUCAGAUCUUCAAUUCAAGACUUAACUAUUGAAGUGCAAGCACUCAAACACUCAUGAUGUUGUCUAGCAAUUUUAAUAUUCAAAACAUGUUUUUAAAUCUUUGUAGAAAUUUUUUUUCUUUUUAUUUUAAAAUCUAAGCACGAGCUUGACCGCUUUGUGUUGAGAAAUUAUAUAAAAGCAAAACUUAAAGAACUUUCAAUUAAUUAGCAUUUAUUUUUUUAGAAACUUUAGAUUAUUAAAUAAUUAAAAUAUCUCUGCAUAAUGGCUAAACUUACGAUUUUAUCGGUGCUAGACAUUAUAAGUAAGAAUAGAAGAAGAAUAAUUUAAAGCUAAAACGGCAAUUUGGACAUUGAUUGAUCAGGUUAUAAAGGCAAAGUUACGAAAAUUUAAAAAAGAUGGAAAAUUAUUGAAAAAGACUUAAAAGACAAAUUUAGAAAGAAUUUCUUUGUAGAUUAUUAGAUGAUCAAAUGUACUUUUAAUUAAAGAAUUGUGAUGAGUAAACUUCAUCAUAAUUACGAUAAUAUCAAGGAAUCAAAAGGCCUUUAUAGCGACUAGUGGCAGUAUUAGUUGUUGAUUAAUGAGUUACGAAGAUUGAUGAGUAAAUGUGAAUGGUUCUGGUAAUAAGUAAAGGAAAAAUGCUGAAACAUUUAAAUUUGUAAAAAUUUUCAAUGAAUUUGUCGUACUUAAAGAUCAAGAAAAAAAGGAAUAAAUUUAUUUUUAAAACAAUAA